AUGUCUCCUUCCCCCAAUAAACCCAGAAAACCCCUCAUUCUCGAUUAUGUAUCUGUUCCGCCCUUUCCAAAAGGUCUCACGAGGGCGGACUACAGCAAAUUUUCCAGCCAUGAUAAUACUAGACAGGGAGAAGGGAACUCAUCACUGGUCGAGGCACUAGCUACUGCAUUUUCCCAGAAUAACCGCGAGCCUUUGCCAUUCCCCAAACCCCUGACACCAACCACUACUGUCUACAUACGGAGACCUUCGGAGGUAUCUACACUGCAGGGUUCACCACUUCCAAUGCUGGGUAAAAAGCGAUCCAAAUUACCUCUUGGAGUCCAAUUUAGAUAUCGUAUGGCUCCCACAGCCUCAGGUUGUGCUAGUGCUAAAUGUGGCACUUCGGCUGGUGUCAAGAAGCCAGAUAUGAAGAACACCCUCCGUUUUGGCACUUCGGCUGAUGUCAAGAAGCCAGAUAUGAAGAAACGGAGGGUGUUCAUAGGAAAGCCCCUGCCCGAGUGGAAAGUAUGCACAGUCCGAUAUCUUGAUCACAGCCUUCCAGUUUCAGCCCAGUCAUCCCGCUCUCCAUCCCCAGAAUUUACUUUAGAUUCAGAUGGGACGUUGACGCCAUUGGAGGUUCUGGAAGAGCAGAUGCACUAUACGCCAUUGGAGGUUCUUGAAGCACAGGAUACAGGUAGAAGAAUACAUUCUUACGGCUCAUGA